CUUGUUAAAUAGAUAGGUUUGCAACACCAAUAAACCAAAACAAUUUAUCAUUUACCAUGCAAGAAUCAUCAACAUCUAGCAAGUACCGAGCUGAUAGAUCGGUAAUAAAUCCAAUGCACAAAACUAUAACGGAGGCAAAAGUGAAAAUAUGUUCACCGAGCGCUCGCUCGAUUCGGCCCAAUUCUAAUAGUGACAUCACUGAAACCAGCAAUAAUCCAACAACAUUAUCAUUGUCUUCUUCAAUGAACGAUCAGAAUUUAUCCAUAACAGGCAUUUGUCUAGUAUCAAACUCUGCAAAUGUGCCAACGGACUACCAUUGUAUCAGAAAAAGUAAGUGAUUCGAGAUUCUCUGCACAGCUGAGCCUGUCCUCUUUUGAUAGAAAUAUCGUGCACUUAGAAUUCUACUAAAAGUAACAUCUUAGUCUCAACAUUUUCUUUAUUUAGCAUAUGACGAUCAACAACGAGAUGCUAACUUAAUGGCAGAUUCAUUCGGACGAAAAGAUCGUCUUUUAUGUAUAACACGUAACUUUCCGUUAGGUGACAAUGUUGCUCUAGUGUUAGAACAUAUUGAAUUAUAUAAGGUCGUUAAAAGGUAUGAACAUUAUUUAUGCCCACCUAAUUAUCAAAGCUUCUCUUAUACCGUUGAUACCCGAGAAAAAGGCACAACAGAACAUGUGAUAGUUGUUAAAAUGGUUGCGCGUCAAGCUGGAAUGAAAUCCAUCAAUGACAUUACUUUUCUUUAUCGUACAAGACGUCCACCACAAUCGUAUACAAUGAUUGGCGAAAUAAAUGGAUUAAUAGUGUGUAUUAAAGAAGAUACCGUGC